GACCCUUACGAAACACAAGCCCCCACCCCCACGCAAUAUCCCACGCCUUGUUCUUCUUCCCUUCAUAGCCGGCUCCUUGGCAGUGACUCGGCGUGGGAAACACCACCCGCGCUAACGCCAUCCCUGCAAGGGGCGAGUACGGAGGCGGUGCCGUGCGCGCUCCCGUGCCAGAGUGUAGCGAGCCGCACACAGAAGAGCUUCACUAGGCUGGCAGGAGUUCCUCUGCGUUUCUUUUUGUCAUAUUCAUUCAAAUUUCGCACGUCUACCUCAGCGGUCAGGAUAGUCGUGUGCAAUCCCGGUGUCGAUGCAGUGCCAUGCCGACAACAUGCUGGCGGAUGCCGCGGAGCUGCUCCCUUCGGCGGCUUAGACUAGCGCAGGACCGGCCGCAGCAGGCAGUGUGCGCUUGCAGAACGACGGCAUCAUGGAGACUGGCGGCAUCGUUGCCGCGGUGAUCGAGGAUGUCAGCUCACGGCCCCGGAGGGACCCGGGAAGUAGUCACAUCCUUGAGAGAGACAUGGCACCAUUCAGUCAGCCGAACAAAGACCAAGUCUUACCUCCAGCUAGCAGCAGCAGUCCCUUAGACGAGAGACAACCACAGGACAUAAAGGCGCGGAGUGAUGACAUUGUGGCCGAGCCCCUCUUGCGCUCCUGCGUCAGCACGGCAAGCAUGAAGGUCAAGAACAUGAAGAAGCUAACCUUUCCCAGAGGUCAUUUUCCCCGUCUGGCAGAGUGCGCACACUUCCACUACGAGACUGCCGACUUUGGGAACGUUGAGUUGGCCUUUGCAGAAGGGCAGAGUGAAGGACCAAAGUGGGGGGCCCAGGACUCCAAAGAACUGCUCUUUCUGGUCCAGAUCACCUGCCAGGCUCGAAACUGGUUGGUGAAGAGAUCCUACGAAGACUUCCGUGUGCUGGACAAACAUCUGCACUUGUGCAUUUAUGACCGCCGCUACUCGCAACUCACCGAGCUGCCCAAAUACGACUCAGCGAAGGACACAGCCGAGUCCGUAAACAAGAUGUUGGCCACCUACUUGUCCCGCUUCUCCGUCAUCGCUGACAACAAGAUCAACUGUGCUCCGGUCCUAACAUGGAUGGAGAUUGACAACAAGGGGAACCAUCUGCUGGUGUCUGAGGAGGCGUCCAUCAACGUCCCUGCUAUUGCUGCCGCCCACGUCAUCAAACGUUACACGGCUCAGGCCACCGAUGAAUUGACCUUUGAGGUAGGGGACAUUGUUUCUGUCAUCGACAUGCCUCCCAAAGAGGACACAGGCUGGUGGAGAGGAAAACACGGCUUUCAGGUUGGUUUCUUCCCGAGCGACUGCGUCGAGCUGAUCAACGACAAGCUCCCUCCCAGUGUUCAAAGCUCGGUUCCCAAACCAGUGUGUAAGAAGCACGGCAAGCUGGUGACCUUCCUGAGGACUUUCAUGAAGUCGCGGCCGCCGCCGCAGAAGCUUCGCCAGCGCGGCAUCCUCAGGGAGCGAGUGUUUGGCUGCGACCUGGGCGAACACCUCCACAGCUCGGAACACGAAGUCCCUCAGGUUGUAAAGAGCUGUGCCGAGUUCAUCGAGAAGCACGGCGUGGUGGACGGAAUCUACAGGCUGUCUGGAAUCUCCUCCAACAUCCAGAAACUCAGGCACGAGUUCGACUCUGAGCAGAUUCCCGACCUGAGCCGAGAUGUCUUUCGACAGGACAUCCAUUCGGUGGGCUCCCUUUGCAAGCUGUACUUCCGAGAGCUUCCCAACCCUCUGCUCACCUACCAGCUGUAUGACAGAUUCUCAGAGGCUGUGUCUGCAGCCACAGAUGAGGAGAGGCUGGUUAAAAUUCACAACGUCAUCCAGCAGCUCCCUCCUCCACAUUACAGGACGCUCGAGUACCUUAUGAGACACUUGUCCCGUCUGGCCACCUUUAGCGCUUGCACCAACAUGCACACAAAGAACUUGGCCAUCGUGUGGGCACCAAACCUGCUCAGGUCCAGACAGAUCGAGUCUGCCUGCUUCAGCGGCACGGCGGCCUUCAUGGAGGUGCGCAUCCAGUCGGUGGUGGUGGAGUUCAUCCUGAACAACACCGAGGCACUCUUUAGCACCAAACUCAGCGCUGUCAUUCGGGAAAGCGCCGGUAACAACACCUUAUCCAGACCCAAGUCUCUCCUGGUGUGCUCCCCGUCCACCAAGUUGUUGUCUCUGGAGGAGGCUCAAGCACGCACUCAGGCUCAGCUCAGCUCCCCAGCCACCACGCCCUGCCUGAGCCACAGUGACUACAUCGAGGUCGGGGAGGGGCCCGGGGCUCUGAUGGGCAAGUUCCACACAGUCAUUGAACUGCCGCUGGAAAGUGUCAAGCGGGCUCCGAGCAAAGCCAAGAAGUCUCCUGUGGGCAACUGGUUGUCCUUCUUCCACCUGGGCAAAUCGCACGCUGUGUCCAAGCGUAAACUGAAGCGACACCCCAGCGAGCCCAACGAGAUAAAGAGCAUCACGCUGCCAGGUGGGCUCAGUGGGAGAGGUGAUAGCGGUACACUGCGCUCGGCAAAAAGUGAAGAAUCGCUCACCUCGCUGCACAAUUUGGAAGGAGAGCCUCCAAAGUACCAGCAUGUCCGCCCCCGCUCCACUAGCGAGGCUGUGCCCGCAUACGGCAGAGACGACUCGUUCAGAACCAGAAGCAAACCUCAGUUCGGUCAGAACGGUGCCGAAGAACUUUCACCCCCACUGCCGGAGGACGACAUUGACCUCUACCCGCCCGUGGCCGGAAUGUCCUCCCUGGAUUUUGAUCCCAUGUCCUUCCAGUGCAGCCUGGCCUCUGCGACUCCUCGGGCACCACGCCACAGGGAGGGGCACAAAUUGAGGAGGGGCGAGUCAGAUGCCGCCACCUCUCCGAGCAAUGUCGAAAGCCCUGCGCAGUUUAGAAAAGCGGAGACGCGUGAAGCUCGGACGGCAGACGGGAAAGAGCUCCGAGCGCCUUACCGACAUUGCAGCCCACGCAGUUUAGCGGGCCAAGCGUCAGCACAAACAGACUCCGCACAGACCCUGCCAGAUCCAGGAGCAGAUAGACUUAUGAGUUCAGUGUCUAUUCUCCCUCCUCACCCUUCCCCGACGAGCGCCGCACGCAAGCUGGCUCUGGCGCUGGCCGAGUCGGCGCAAAAGGCCAGCGGCGGCUCGCAGAGAAGAAGAAACCACCCGGCUCGCCCUCUCCAAAGACAGGAAGCUCAGGACAGACCCGCUCGGCCCUCGGCCCUCGAUCUCAAGCCGUGCCCGCAAGCGAACGCGGGCUCCCCCCAGUGGCAAACGCCGUUGCACCUCCUGUCCGCGCAACUCUACUCGCAGGCAGCGGACGGACCAGAGAGUAACUUCACGCCCAAUGUCAGCCCGCUCGGCUCGGGCAGCCUGGACUCCCGGCAUGGCGACGUCACGCCGGAGGAACCCACCUAUCAAAGUGUGGGCGUCUCAACUCCCACCGAGCACAUCUGCUCUCCCCACAGCCCCUUGACUUCCCCGGUGUACGCCAACACCGACUCCAUCAACAUCUUCAACUUCCGCGCCGUUCUCGCCGAGACCUCCGUGCCAGCCUCCAUCGACGAGGUCCUCCCGCGCCCUUUCCAGUCUCCGUCAUUCCGCCACUACGCCUACAGAGCGCUCGGCCCGUUCGACGACGUCUAUCGCAAUACGCGCCAUCAGCCCCCGCGUCAGAUUCACUGCGGACGACUAGCUCGCUGCCCUCAACCCGACGCUCUGCCCCGUCACCUCUCGGGCCCGAGACGUGUGUACAGGCAGUCCUCAGAAAGCCACUGCACUUCCUCUGAGUUAGGACCACCCCUGUCACCUCAAUACCGACGCUACUACCGCGGCGAGCACCUUAUGGGCCCCGGCCAGCGACAACAAGGCCACUGGCAGAGGUGCGAAGACGGCCCCGCCCUGCACCCCGCCAUCCGGAGGGCGCGCUCCUUCCACGCCCCGCAGACUAGUCGCUACGAGAUGGCAGCUCCUGAAGUCCUGCCCCCAGACUUUUAUCCUGAGCAGCAGGCGGCUUAUCAGAGGCUGCUUCAGCCCCACUUUGAGGACGUUCAUGUACAACAAGUGCUGUAUAACCCGUACCCGGACUUGAACCCUCGCGACUGCUCCCGAUAUCCUUUAGAACCUUUCCAACGCGACAGUAUCCGCCACGGUCAGCCUUACAGGACCCGGUCCACCAAGGAAAGAGCGCCGCCUGAGUUCUACUACUCCCCACGGUAUAGCCGCCCUCUGGAGAGGGAGCUGUUCAUGGACAGCGAGGACAUGGUUGAGAAUACAAAAACCUCUCCCUACGACAGUCCAGUUUCGCCGGCUGGCUCGACGGGAAGGGAGAUAAUGCACAUUAGGAGUAAGUCGGAUCCAGGAAACGGGAUACUGUCGGCCGGCAGAAGGGAAAGCCAAAGCGCCGACAAAGCCUUGUCGCCCACGGCUCACCAGCCGCGUCGCGUCCUCGUGAACGAGAACACCUCGCAGCAGCAGCAAGCGCCGCUUCGUAAGAUACCCUCACUGCCCGAGAAGGGCUUUGCCGAACUGGGCGACAGAAGCCAAGCGGACCCUUUCACGAAAGCUCGAGCUGGCAUCCUCAGGAGGCCCGAACGCUCGCAGAGCACCCGAGAGAAUCGCCACCAACAUCAUCAGCGCCUCGUCAACACGCCUGUGGACGACGAACACGCCGGAUCUUUUUCCUCUCACCCCAACAGAAGGACUCGGAGCACUAAAGUGCGGCCCACACAGUACGACCACAUGGCGGGGGGAUUUUCCGCAUUUCCCAGGCCUAAACACACAAGAUCCACUAAAGCUGGGCCAGGGUACUCGCCGGCCCCAGACGCCACCGCCAUAUCCUCCUCUUCCACCGCCACUCCCUACGGGAACAGGCUGCUGUCCAAGGCUCUGGCUCAGGAAGCUUUUUAUCAGUCGGCAGUCAGGACACAUGCCGGCGUCCAUGAGUGACGCCCACUGCUUUUUAUGUCAAUGCAUAGCGGCGCCAAAGGAGAAGAGCACUUUAUCCUCUGCCAGACCAUCAGACUGUUUUUUUUUACUUUUUUUUUUUUAAACCUUUCAUUGAACCUGCUGCUAGUGUCACCUUCGCCAAUGAAUCUUUCAUUUUGAGCAGGGCCGCGGAACCAAGUAUGGCCCAGACAUGACCCAUCAAGCAAUCCUACAAUACAAAGAAAUCAAACAUUGAUAUCUGCUCUUAUUUGUCACUAAGUCUGAAAUAUAAUUUUUGUUUCAGGUAGUACAUAUCUAAAAGAGUCAGUUAAAAAAACACAUAUUCCCAACAUCAGUUUUUAUAAUUAUUUUAAACUAUUUUAACCUUCAUUAUACAUCAAAUAUGAAUCAUAUUUUGGUGAUUUGUGUCUGCAUGUAUGAAAGAAACUGGGGCUACAAUUAACUGAAUAAUUUGAUGACAGAAAAGGUUGAAGCAAAGUCUCUGCCUCGAAACUUUGCAGGGAUCUUUUUAAAAAAAUGUUUUUGAGCUAGUUUAAUAUUGUAUAAUCGCUUAUGAGAAUGUAUUGUAGUGCCCGCAAGUGGUCUAGGCACUGGUGAUGAGGUGUUUUUUUUUUUUUUUUUUUUAAAUAAGAAAACGCGUAAUAACAUUUAUAUGCAAGCUGCUGAUGGCCACAGCUUGCUUGCAAUUGGUUGAAUUUGAAUCAGUUGAAGCCCAGGUUGCAGCCAGCCAUCUUGACUUUCUCAUUUGCUGAUGCCCAACGUCACUCAAUAGGCCAGGUUGCAGCUUUGAAAGCCACACAAACUCAGUCAUGGAUGUUACAUUAGAACGUAAAAUGGCAACCCCAGGUUUAAAAAAAACAUACAAAAAAAACCUGCAUUUCACAUGCAUCUUAUUAUUUUUCGUAACCGAUGGGAUGAUCAGUAGUGUACUCAAUUCUAAAAAUAUUUGAUCGCUGCAACAAUUUCCUUCUUACAUAAUACAAUUCAUCUUUAUUUAUAUAGCACUUUCACAAUAACAGCAGCUGUCACAAAGCUUAACAUUAUCUGAUAUUAAGAGGCAUGCUUUGAAUGCGGAGGAGUCCAGCCAUCUUGAGGACAAAUUGAACAAUGGAAGAGUAGAAAUUGAACCGUUAACUGAAGGGAUUGUAUUUGCUUGUGUUUUGAUAAAUUUGUGUUGAUUUUUUAUUUGGGUGGGGGGGGGGGGGGAGAAUAAUUUGGAUAAAUUGAAUGGUCCGUGUUGGGACAACUGGUUGCCCAUCUCUGCUUUAGGGCUUUUCAAUUCAGCAGACAAAAUGGCUGUCAUGUUUUAAUUGCAUACAACCCAAGGGACGACAAGGUAAACUUUGAUUAUUUGGAUCUCAAAAUUACCUUCAGACCGUGUAUAGAAAAUGUCUUUUGUUUAAAAAGUGUCGUGCUAUAUGUUUUGUACAAUGACACGCAGCUAACUAAAAACAUGGCCAAUGUACUGUACUUGUCUCACUGCAGUCAGCUCAGACUGAAAAAUACUUUGUAAGAAGAAAACACAUUGUCUUAAUUUUGGACAUUGGUGUGACGUCGCCUUCAAACCUCUCGAUAGAAACAUCCGCUAUAUUUUUCUGCGUGAAAUUACAAAUGCUUGCUCGCUUGCUCAGAAUCGUCCCGUAAUGCAAAUGAGCACUUUUUCAAAACGAGAAUCAACCUCAUUGCAAUCGCCGACUUCUUUGAUGUUUUACGCCCUCGUGUAUACACAAUCCGCUCUGUCCCUUCGAUUGACGCAGCUCGCCCUCUGAGAAAAGUCUAUUUUUGUCUAAUGCUGUUUGUCACCCAAAUGGUGGAACUGUGACAUAACUGAUUAUUCUCUAUGUUUUACUCUAAAGUUAUGUAGAGGAGUUUAUUCUAAUAAGACAUGUUCAUUUCUAGUGCUUGUCUUCAAAGAGAGAAUAAAUAUAUUAUCAUGCAUUACAAA